AUGUUGGGGACCUCACGUUUUCCCAUUGGAGAGUGGGCACGGCAAAGAAAGGAGAAACGACAAGUUUUAGUUGAAGCGAAUAAGUCUAUUCAAGACUUGGAGGGACGAAUUACUGAGCUAAAGAGAAAGGUACGUAAUGUUGUGAAAAUAAUUGAACUUUGGUUUUUUGAAUACCUACUGUCACUCAGAUAUUUUUCAUCGAAUGAGACGAUUUAAAACGCAAAAUAUCAAGAUUAGAAGUGUAAAAUAGUUUUAGUAAGCCAACUGUUCAAUUAUUUGUUUUACAAAUAUAAUAUUGCAUGCUGAUAAAUAUCUUGAUAAAUUAAUAAGAUGGUGAACAAAAUAAUUAUGAAUAAUUUCUUAGAGAUCGAUUUUGCAAUAAAAACUAACUAGCCAUGCACUUGUGCACAACAUUUAUGCAGAGCCAUAAUUAUAGCAAAUCGGUGUUUUAAAUGAUAUAAUCAAAUCAUUAUUCAGUGUUUAACAUUUUAAAAUCAGUUUUUUGCUUUUUUUUCUCUCUAUAGCGAGGGUUAUUACAAAAUGAAAUAGUGCACCUGCCAAGAGGACAACAUGUUGUAACACCAACCACUCUAGAUGAAAACAACAGUGACAAGUGUGUUGGUUUGUCACACAAUAUUUCAGCUAAGAGAAGAAAGCUUACGUAUGAUUGUGCCAAGAAAGUUCACUCUACGCCAAGCACAGAGCCUGAAGUUCAAUGUGCAACUGCCAAUGGACUUUGGAGCACCUUGGUUAACAAUUGUAAAACUAAAGUAGUUACUGAUUUACUGAAAAAGUCAAAAACUGUCUGUAAAACAGUUGUCCCGCAGAUUGUGGCUAAAUCUGUAGCUAAAUUUGAAAAGUCGUCAAAGAAUUUUCUCAGGUCUGUAAGUGUGCUAUACAAGGGUGGAAUUCUUAGUAAGAGAAAGUAUUGUAAUAUAAGAUCUUCAGAAAUCUUUGAUUAUGACAUCCCAGCAAAGAAGCGAAAGCGCACAGAGUUUGAAGAGGGUUGUAGAUUACCUGCACUUGUACCUUACAAAGAGCUUAUGAAAUUUAUAGAGGUACAAGAUAUUGGAAAACUUAAUAGCAUACCGCAGGCUACUGCUGAAUGUGAAGUAGAAAAGGAAAAUGAAGAAGUUGAUGGCAACUUACUGCCAGUGGUCCCUGGGUAUUAUAUUGACCUUAAAGAGCGUUUACUCCAAAUGGCAGACCUCUACCUUCACAUAGAUAGCCAUAUACCUAAUUUUCUUACGUGGUUUGGUAAACAGAAGGCUCAUUUUCUAGUAGCAGUGGGUGCAGACGGUGCCCCUUUUGGUAAAGCUAAUGAGGCUUGUGCAUGGCUUGUCUCAUUUUUGAAUGUUUCUGAAAGAGUUGCCUCGCCAGAUGACAAUUUUUUGAUUUGUGGUGCCAACUGUGCAGAAGAUCACCCUGCAAUGGUAGAAUAUGGGAAACAACUUAGAUCAGAGAUGGCCACUAUUGCAAGUCAAACGUUUUCAGUAAGAGAUCAGCAGGUUAAGUUUGAAUUUAAACUAGUUCCAUCAGAUAUGAAGUGGCUAGCAAAAUUUUCUGGAGAGCUGAGCAAUGCUGCUAGAUACCCAUGUUCUUUUGCAAAUGUGCAACUUAGUGAAUUACAAGAAAGAGGACAAAGCUUGAGUAACAAUCCUCAAAGUAAGUGGAGGCCAUGGGAAUAUAAAUUCAGGGAAGAAGUUGCCAAAAAGGUGACACAAUUUAAAGAAAAACAGGGAAGGCCAAUUAAUGCUGCUCAAGAGCAGACAUUGCGUACCAAAGUAUGCAACCAUAUAGCAAGCCUUAAAUCUAGACAGGAAUUUGAGCCAAUUCUUGGUCCAGUUAUUCAAAAUGCUAAAUGUGAUAGUCUUCAUGUGGGAAAUAAUUGUUGGGGACAUUGGCAUAAGUUGCUUUUUACCCAUGUUUUGGCUAAAGCAAAGAUUCCCACCAGUACAAAGUCUGUUUUUCAAUUGGCAGAAGAUAACUCUUUGCGUAAGCAUUUGAAGGCUCUCCGGUUUAAAUUAAAGUGCAAGAAGAUGUAUAAUAAGAUUUUGCGAUGGUUUAAAGAGAAAAGGAAGUCAUCUGCCUUUGAAUUUCGGUUCACUGGGGAGGAAACUAAGAAAUUUUGUGAUGGCUUUAUGUAUCUUAUUCAAGCUCAAAUUGAGGAGGGUAACAUUGAGCAAGCCAAGAGCUUUUUUGUGUUAUCUCUUGGGAGAAUGGGUCUUCACCUAAGGAACAGCUUGUCCCUUGCUAGUAGAGUCUCUAAUAUUAGCUCCAGUGAUCUACCAAAUUUAGAGCAGGAUUGCAGACAAUAUUUCAAUCUUACAUCAUUAUUUCACUCUGCAAAUCUCAGUGUUUGGGCAAUGGGCUACUGUGUGCCCUUUCAUACUAAACAGCUUUUUGAAGAUCUUGGUGUGGGUUUAGGAAUAAAUUCAAUGCAGGGAAGAGAGUCCAAACACCAGCAACUUGCUUCAUUUGCUAGUUUUUCCCUUGUAAAACACAGAUGGUCUAAAGUGUUUAGGCAUGAGCAUAUGUCCAACAUUUGGAUAAGGCAACAGAAUCCAUUUCAUGAUACCUAUAAGAAAUGUAAAGACACCUAUGUUCCAAAGCGGUGCAGCACUGCAGGAUAUUGUUCAUGUGGUAUGCCUUUAAGCACUGCAAGUGCAUGCAUGUACUGCUCAUGUGAAAUUUCAAAAGAAAUUAUUGCUUGUGGUUCAGCAGGGAAACUAACAGUAAAGAUGAAAAAAAUUCUUGCUGAAGCUCAAAAAUGA